UCCAAAGUUCGAUGUUUAUAGCUACAGAGUGGUGGUGCUGGAAAUGGUCACGGGAAAGAGCCCGAUGACAACGGGUGAUCAGGGGUCUGGAAAUAUAGGGGAGAUGGAACAGAGAGGGCUAGUGAAGUGGGUUAGGGAGAAGAUGAAUGGGACUGGAGAUAAUGAACUAUGGCUUGAAGAGAUCAUUGAUCCAAUGAUGAAGGGUAAAUGUGAUUUAAGGAAGAUGGGAAUACUGGUUCAAGUGGCAAUGGAAUGUGUAGUGGAAGAUAAAGAUGCAAAACCAACCAUGAGUCAGGUUAAAGAGAGGCUUCUACCCCAUUAAAACAGAUGACUAUUAAGAGGAAAAGUGUAUAAAAGAUUGACUUGAAAUCAAGGGUUCCCAUCAUCUGGUUUCUGACUUUCACUUUAUGCAUGCAUCCUUUCAAAAUAGUCUAGUCUUUUGUAUAAUUAUGCAUCAUUCAAAUAUGCUCUAGCUAUUAGAUAGUAAUCUGCACAACUUCUUGUUGAUGAAGCACCAUCUAAUUGGUUGUUGCAAAAAUAUAGCUUCUUAUUCAGUUGUCAAUAAAAUUGUCAUAUUAGCAUGAUGUAUACAUUGUUGCGCUAUGUGUUCCGUUAAUAUCAUUACUCUAAAUCACAUCUCAUCCACCAGACAAAAAUGACCAAUCAUCAGCCUCUUUCAAAAGCACUGUUUACUGAAAAACUGAUAUACAACAAAAUGCUAGCAGAUGUCAAAAA